AUGGCGCAAUCAGCUUCAAAGACUGUGAGUAUUGGCGUCUCACCGCAAGCAAUUGCAAAAGAUGACAUGAUAGACUUCGGAGACUUUGCGAGCACAGAGGAUGAAGAAAUCGACGUCGAAGAAUAUGCUGAGCCUUGGGAAAAGUAUGAUCCCGAAACACAAAACGCUUAUUAUCCAAUCUGUCUUGGAGAGAUUCUCAACGAAAGAUACCUGAUUGAGCACAAACUCGGUGCUGGUGGUUUCUCUACUGUCUGGAUGGCCCUUGACCUCCAGGAAAACAAAGAUAUCGCUGUCAAAGUCUUUCUGACAAACUUAGCUAUAAGUACUCGCAUGUCAGCUGCGAAGCAAUUGUUAAAGGCAUUGGAAGCUUUGCACAACGCUGGCAUUGUGCACCGCGAUCUGAGCGAGAGUAACUGCCUAUGGGGGAUGGCGCCUCUUCACAAUCUUAGCAGGACUGCUAAAUAUGAACUACUCACUCGGCCAUUAAAGAUAACCAUCCAAGAUAUCGAGCUCUGGAAGCCUGGAGAGUUGGUGCGGCCCAUACAGGUCCCUGAAACUCUGCGCACAGAAGACCUCUAUCUCGCUGACUUCAGUCUGGCCAUGAAGGUUGGCGAUUCCGUGGCUCAACCCGGCGAACCACCUCUGUGUUUCUGCUCCCCGGAGCGUCUCCAUGGAGAAGCCCCAAGCUUUGCCUGCGACAUGUGGAGCUACAUGGUCAACUUUGUUGAACUUUACCAAGGGGGACGACCAUUCCAUGAUGGGUACAUAGGCGGAGUUUUGACGACUAUUACCGCCCGUCUGGGCCCGCUACCAGAGCAAUGGAAAGGAUCUUACAUCUAUGAUGAUUGUCUGGAUUCCUGGUACGAUCAGAAUCGGACGCCCGAUACGAACAAGACCCUCGCAUCAGAGCUUGCGCGCUAUCGACCCGAUGCCGAUCUGGCGGAACGAGAACUUGUCCUCUUCAUCAUGCAGAAGGUAUUCAUAUACUCACCCGAGGAGCGUCUGACUGCGACGCAGCUUCUGGCCGAUCCUUCAUUCAAAGCUCUCAUGGCUCGGUAUGGUUGUUGA